AUGAGGGAAGAACAACUGCAACGACAACAACAACAACUGCAACAUGCAAGAGAGGAUGUCAUCACUGUGAAAGACUCAGUCUGGGAAAAGUUAAGAGAUGACCUGUUGACUGCUGUCCCUGAGCUGAACGAAAUUGGAGGUCAAAGUCUUCGGAACGUGUAUGCAGCGGGCGUUUCCGAUGGACGAGUCCUCCGGAGUUUGGCUGCCCUCUCAUUGCCCAAGAGCGGGGAGGCACAGACCAACUAUGAUCAUCAUAUUCUCACCCUGGCCAGGGCUCUUGCGGCUGCCUCCGUGAAACCAACCGCCAAGUUGGCUAUCGUGAAGACAAUCAUGACAUUGAGAUCACCACGAGAGGCGGGAUGGCAAUUGCUAGAAGGCGUCAUUGCGGACACGCUCCAAUUCAUCACCGACAGAGACUAUUUGUGGGAAUACUUGGAUCACUCCGAUGAGGUUUUGCUCUGGGAACUCCGGGCCAUUUGUUUGUCUCGUCACCAACAACAUCGAAGUGACGAAAUAUUAGACCGAGUGGUCGACACGGGAAAUGCCGCAGCUACCUUUCUGUCCAGACAGGCAUUAGUAGUUGAAAAGGGGUUUGCCAUUUCCACUGACGUCCUCAGUGCUGGAAUUGAAGCAUCGGGAGAACGACUCAAGCAAGUCAUUGAACCCGAUGACAGGUCGUUAUUUGAACCCAAUUCCAGAGCCAAAGUAAUCAGCUUGACAUACACGGACGCUGCCAAACGAGCCACAGACAGUGUGCGAAUAACAUCCCGACAAGCCAUGACAAAAGUGCAAAAUUCCUCCACCAAGGGAAUCCAGAAUAUUGCCGAGCGAGGACCACGUCUCAUUCCCAAUUCCAAAAGUAGAAAAGUUGUCUGCGCGGCGGGAAGGUUUGGAACGGCGGCGGUGGGUGCCACUGCGCUUGUGGCAGAUGCGCUCCUCGAAUCCACGGGACAAGUGGCCAAAAAGACGGCCGAAGUCACCGCAGAUGUCGUCCGACACAAGUAUGGAUCAUCCGCCGGUCAGGUUGUCCGGAACUGUAGCGACACGGUUGGUAACUGUCUCAGGACGUGUGGUCAUGUGGCGCUGCUUCAUACGGGCAAGGGCAUGACAAGAACUGUCGCAAGGAAGACUGGAAAGAUGCAUGUCAAGUCAUAUGUGGACGAAGAAUUGGAAGGAGAUGCACCCUCGUCGGAUGGAAGUUUGUUUGACGAGGCAGAGGGAGAAAUGCACGACAUUACCGCUACCCAGGAUGAAGCAAGUCCAUGGCAGCAUUUUGCUGAGGAACCCACCUCUCGUUUGGAUGACAGUGAAACAACAAACGAAACCGAUUCCUAUGAAAGAGUUGGUGGCGAUAUCAUGCUCGUGGAAGGAAACAACAUUUUGGAGUUUGAUACAACACUGACACUCUCGCCAUCUGUUCUAGACUCCCUACCAGAUCAAAUCACCAGCGUGGACGCUCAAAGUGACUUUUUCAGUGAUAUCACGAACGAGCCUCUCUACGAGCGAGCAUUUCCUGAUUUAUCAAUCAUCCACAAAGGAUCGACGACACACAGCAGCAUCUUUCGAAAUGUAGACAACGAGUCAACGGGGGGUGAGCUGACGCCAAUCAAAUGCCUCUCAGACGAUGAAGGUACUGACUACACGGCUUGCACUGUCGAUGAAACCUACGUGACAAACAUCUCCUUGGACACAUCCAAGAGCAUGGAUCACACAGAAGACGUGGUAUAUUCGGUUUAUGACCAUGAUGUUGUUGCAGCAAAGCCAGUGGGAUCUCCCAUUCGUCGUUCUCUGGCUUCACGAGUGCCUCCGAAUGGUGGUUAUGUGCCAUCUAGUUAUGAAGAGACAAAGAAAUGCUCUUGGCGGAAAGGAAUCUAUUCGUCGGUCAAGUCCAACUUUGGCUUGUGA